AAAGGUAAAUUGUGAAAACAGUGCAACAGUUGUUAUAACUGUGCUACGAGUGUUAUUGUAUUAUUUUGUAAAUAAUUUAAGAGUUCAUAUUUAGACUUCAAACAAAGCAUUAUUCUGCUUUUUAUUCUUAUAGAAUAUUCAUCUCUGUCAGUAAAAUACACAAUGGAGAAAAAUGGGAACCCUCCCGCUUACGGCUGGAGUAAUGGGCAUAUGCAGGCGCCACCUGCGGCUCCUCCAAGUUAUGCACAAGCUGUGGGUGGUGUGGGACCCUCCAGCCCUUACACGCCACAAUAUCCACGUACAACGGGUCCACAAAUAGUGACGACAGUGGUGCCUCUGGGGCCGCAAACCACCCACAUGAUAUGUCCCAGUUGCCACGGAGAAAUCGACACUGCUUCAAAGAAAAAACCGGGCCUAAUUGCAUAUAUAGCUGGAUCGGUGAUGUGCCUCCUAGGGUUGUUCUGCGGCUGCUGCUUGAUCCCGUGCUGCAUCGAUAGUUGCAUGGACGUGCAUCACGAGUGCCCCAAUUGCGGCGCUCACCUAGGCCGCUAUCGCCGGUAACUUUGAGAACAAUUCACUUGCAAUUAAACUCCACGUUCGUUUUCAGAUUUAAACACCUGCUUAUGAGCAAAUGGAUACUUUGUUAUCCAAUAAUAUUGUAUAAUUGUUGUAACCUAACCUAAGCUAACGAGACCAUCGACCGAAGAACUAUUUAUCCGUCCGAGGUUUUAUACUCGACGAUAACAAAGCUAACCCGGCAGGCCGAUGCGGUUUCUAUCACAUCUUUAUAUUUUGCAUACAAAAUAGAUUUAUGGUAAAUCCGAACUUUAAUAAUUUUCAUUGAUAAGACAGAUUAAAGUGACGUCUGAGUGUUUUAGUUCGUGUGAGCCUCGCCAUUAGCUAAUCAAUAUUUACACACAUAAGUAUGAGUUCUAUUGAACUUCAAUCUCGAUCCAGCUUUAAUUGUACAAAUUGACAAUAAUUUUAUAUUUUUUAAUGAUAUAUGCAUUUACAUGUAAUGUUUUAAGAUGUCGAUGAAUACGUAUAUUUCUUAAGCAUAAUUCGACUAAUCGCUGUGUAAAUAAAUGAAGUGUUGACGCUGAACAUAAAGGCCUAACGUGCCUUUAACCAUUUUGGCAACUACUUGCGUUGACCUGUCAAUUAUGAGAUUCGUGUCAUAUUCGUGAGUUUUUCAAACGUAUGUUACGUUUGCCCACAAUUUUGUAUCACAAUAUCAUAUCAUACAAUAUAUGUAUGUAGUUUUAUCAAUAAAUUUCGUAACUUUUAUUUAAUGUAUUUUUUUAAACAUGUCCUAAUAAGUAUA